AUGCCUGCCAGAACUCAAGAUUUGCCCACUCGAAUUAGAGCUUCGCCUCAAACCGCAGGGACAUCCCAUUGUCUCCCUGCCAACAAUCCUGGCGAGACCUUUUGGCAAACAACACGGCAUAACCUGCAUGAUCAUCGUUCAACAGAGCAACUGCCAGAACGCAGUGAUAUCGUGAUCAUCGGCGCUGGAUAUGCUGGUGUCAGUACUGCCUACCAUCUCGUCAAGGACCAUGGCGAUGCGAACAGGUCCAUUACAAUCUUAGAAGCUCGAGGCGCAUCCUCAGGAGCAACGGGACGGAAUGGCGGUCACGCAAGGCCUGAUUUCUAUGGACACAUCCCCACGUAUGUUGACCGAGCAGGCGCUCGAGCAGGAGCUGAGAUUGCCGAGUUUGAAAUUCACAAUCUACGCGCCCUGAAAAAGACCAUCGAGCAUGAGAAGAUUGAUUGUGAUUUCACCCUAACCCGAUCGAUCGAUGUGUGGUGCAACGCAGAAGCGGCCGAGAAAGCCAAAGCUAUAUACGAUCGAAUGGUUGCUGAAGGAUUCGAAUACAUGGAGGAUGUCGUUUUUUACACUGGUGAUAACGUUGAAGGAAUUUGCGGUGUGAAAGGCGCCAAGGCCUGUGCCAGUUUCACUGCCGGGACAAUGUGGCCCUACAAGUUCAUCAUGCACCUAGUGGAGCUCAUUGUUGAUGCAGGUGUCAACCUGCAAACGAACACUCCAGUCACGUCAGUAACUACCGACCCAGAAGGCGGGUUUACCGUCGAGACACCUCGAGGCAAGAUGCACGCUGGGAAGGUCGUAUAUGCAAACAAUGCCUAUGUGUCCGGUAUUCUCCCACAAUAUAAGAAGAACAUUGUUCCGUGCAAGGGUAUCUGUUGCCGGAUAACGGUUCCAGAUGGAGUUACACCACCCCUUCUUAACAAUUCUUAUAUCAACCGGACCGAAGACAAUGUUCUUUCAUAUCUGAUUCCUCGGGCCGACGGCAGCAUCGUUGUGGGAGGUGCUGCUGCCGUGUUCCGAAGUCACGAGGAUCAGUGGUAUGACAAUGUGGAUGACAGCAUCCUCAUCGAAUCUGCAAAGGACUACUAUAACGAAUAUAUGCAGAAGACCUACCGUGGAUGGGAAGACACCGGCGCCAAGAUAGACAAGAUCUGGUCCGGCGUCAUGGGCUACUCUUACGACUCCAACCCUCAUAUUGGCACUGUGCCUGGCAGCAAGGACCAGUACAUCCUUGCAGGUUUUAAUGGUCACGGUAUGCCGGUCAUUUGGCUGUCCUCGAAAGAGCUUGCCAAGAUGAUCACUCAAGACAUUCCAUUCGAACAAACUAGCAUGCCUCGAUUAUUCCAGACUUCUCAGUUCCGUAUCGACCGAGCUUUGAACGGGAAGACUGAGGAUGGUGAUAUUUUGGGCAGCGGUAAAUUCCCCGCCACAAAGCCUUGA